GCGUGGUCUGAGGUCCGAGACCCGAGUCCUGGCACUGGAGUUUGCUUUCUCCCGCUGGUUUCCUGUCUGGUCGGUCUGUCCCUGCUAUGGGCCUGGAGCUGUACCUGGACCUGCUGUCCCAGCCCUGCCGCGCUGUUUACAUCUUCGCCAAGAAGAACGGCAUCCCCUUCGAGCUGCGCAUCGUGGAUCUGAUUAAAGGUCAGCACUUAAGCGAUGCUUUUGCCCAGGUGAACCCCCUGAAGAAGGUACCAGCCUUGAAGGACGGGGACUUCACCUUGACGGAGAGUGUGGCCAUCCUGCUCUACCUGACGCGCAAAUAUAAGGUCCCUGAUUACUGGUACCCUCAGGACCUGCAGGCCCGUGCCCGUGUGGAUGAGUACCUGGCAUGGCAGCACACGACUCUGCGGAGAAGCUGCCUCCGGGCCUUGUGGCAUAAGAUGAUGUUCCCUGUUUUCCUGGGUGAGCCAGUAUCUCCCCAGACACUGGCAGCCACCCUGGCAGAGCUGGAUGUGACCCUGCAGUUGCUCGAGGACAAGUUCCUCCAGAACAAGGCCUUCCUUACUGGGCCUCACAUCUCCUUAGCUGACCUGGUAGCCAUCACGGAGCUGAUGCAUCCUGUGGGUGCUGGCUGCCAAGUCUUUGAAGGCCGACCCAAGCUGGCCAUAUGGCGGCAGCGCGUGGAGGCAGCAGUGGGGGAGGACCUCUUCCGGGAGGCCCAUGAAGUCAUUCUGAAGGCCAAGGACUUCCCACCUGCAGACCCCACCAUAAAGCAGAAGCUGAUGCCCUGGGUGCUCGCCAUGAUCCGGUGAGCUGGAAAGCCUUACCCCUGCACUGCCCUCAACAGUCCACAAAGCACUUUCAUUUCUAAUGGCCCAGAAAGCAGGAAUGGCUUGCCUAAAACUUGCCCAAGUCCCAGAGCGCCUCAGCUCCCAAGGCCACCAUCUCUACCCUGUCUUCCACAGCCGCCUGAAAGCCACAAUGAGAAUGAUGCACACUGAGACCCUGUGUCGUUUAAUCACUGCAUUUCAUUUUCAUUUUGGAUAAUAAACCUGGGCUCAGCCUGAGCCUCUGCUUCUAACUCUAA